AUGAGUUUUGGUGGUAAGAAGUUCAGAUCAAAAAGACAACAGCUGGCAUAUGAAGCGUCACUUGCUGGUAGGUACCAGAAACAUAUGAACAAGAAUCCGUUCCUCUGGUUCGGUUUACCCUUUUGUUCAGUGAUCGUUCUUGGUUCUUUUUGGUUAUCUGAAUUCACUGCUGUUAGAUACCAACAGAAGGAUCAGAAGGUUCAAGAAAUGAAGGAAGACGAUUUGGUAAAGAUGAAGGCUAACCAAAGACAAUUCGAUAUAAAAGAAGAAUACUACAGGUUACAAGGUUUAGGCGAACAGGAUUGGGAACCUAAAAGAAUACCCAGAUUCAAGGGUGAAUCUGAAAACGUUUGGUAA